CUAGAGGACAAUCCAAGAUAGCAGCAUGACUAUUUCAAUAGCUGAGCUAGAGGAACGAAAAAAAAAUGACUACAGGGUUAUUUUGGUGCCUGAAAGCGUUUCGGACUCGAGUUCUGACACGAAACUGAUAACCGUGCCAAAUACGCAUCCAAUUACGGGAAAAAUGACAGACUUCCUUAUAACACAGAGUGAGGUAGACAACUCGACUUCACUGUCAGUUUUGGAUCGUAUAAAUUGGAAAAAUCCGAACGUGAAAAACCAAUCUUACACACCAGAUGGAAAACCUUAUCGAUGCCUGUUCAUAACGAAAGGGGACACAACUGCAUCUGGAGGCUCCAGCUUGAUUCCUGCUACUAUAUUGGGAUCUGAGCCAGAUAUAUAUGCUAUGACCCCUUUUUCACCACUCUAUUUUCUAUUGGAAUACUUCAAGCCAAUAAUACAAAAAAAGCAUCAAAAUAGGGAAGGGAAUGACAACGAUCAAAGGUUGCUAACGUACGAAGACAUGAUGGAUGAAAUUUGCGAGAGGGAUGAAUUUUUGGGUAAACUUGUGCACUCUUUUAACUUCGAUUUGAAAAAGUAUUUGGAAAUCAUUUGCGACUCUACGUCUAUCCCAAGUAUGGACUCGGACGAUGAAGAGCUGAGUGUGUUUUACAAGCCGUCCAUAGAAAAAAUAAAGCAAUUUUUGCUUACUAAAGUUGAAGGUUUAACUGAAAGGUUAAUCCUGAAGGAUCAGUAUAGAAGUAUUAAGCUGCGGUGGGAAACAAUGUAUCCCGGAGAACUUCCCGAGGAAAUUAAACUCUCGAUGUGCAGAAAGCAGUCAGUUCUUCUUUUGUCGAAUUUCGUUGAUACAUGGUACAUCAAAGAGUCUGUCGAUUAUGAUUUCUCCAAACUUGACUGCUAUAUCCAAAAGGUUAGAGAAAGAGAAAAUGCAGAGGAUAUGAUAAAUGAAAGUUUGCAACAGUUACAUGAAGGAACCGCCGCUGUUCUUUCCGCCCAAAAUAAGAAAGUCAAGACUGUCAAAAAGCAAGUCAAAACGGUAAAAUCAUCUUCGGUGGCAGUUGGGAAAGGAGCUCUUGACAUGUUUUUCAAGAAGAAGAUCUAAAUUUACAUCUUUCCCAGAGUGUGAAAUUCUUGUUACAAUCUGUAGCUAUGAACAUUUUCCUGGUUCAGUUGAGAAAAUACUUCAUUUUAGUAUAGCCAUACUGUAGAUAUCCUUUUAUAAAGUGUUGUAACCUUUUGCU